UUUCACGUAGUUUAUGCUAGAGAGGGAAACAGAAUUCUCCUUGCUAGAAAGAUCAAGGUUGCUGUUGGUCUUUUGAAGUGAACCAUCUCCCCAUCUCUGAGCGCUGCUUGGGGCUUUUUGUUAAAAGGCUUUGCUAGUCAUCCCAAGCAAGAGCCAUCAGCAGUAUCCAGUUGGACAGCCUGGGCAUGUUUCAGGCAACGUGUGUUUCUGAGUCGAGACUAUUUUCUUCUUAAGUUGGAAUAGAAAGUGUUAGGGCUAAAACCUUCGAUAAAUCACCGUGGUAUUAUUGCAUAUAAGUGAUGUGUUUAAAUUUAGCAGGCUGCUUUCUCCUGAUGAAAACCAUUUGUGACAACAUAUCAGUUGUUUCUUUGGUGACUUGUAUCACAGGCUGUCUCUACAGUGACUGUGUAAAUGCAUUUGCUAACGGGGCUCAGUGUCCGACUGCUAAGUGUGCUGAUAUUCUGAUUUAAACCCACCUUUCUUCUCUCUGCUGGGGACGAGUUAGGUCCAAGACCCCCUGCACCUGCAUUCUGAGCUGUCAUUUCCUUUCUGUUUCUCUUCCAUCCCAAAUCCUCUCCUCCCCACCAUGACAGAGAGCUCUUGAACAGAUCGCUGUCUCACACUGGGCCUCCAGGCCUGGGACUGCCUUUUUAAACUUGUCUUUCGCCACGUCCCAGACCCAGACCACGGAACACAGACAGGACAUUCUGUGUUCCCUAGCCUCCUUCCUGUUCUGGCUCUGAGUCUUCCAAAUGGAAAAUUCCAGCCAUGCCCAUGGGUGAUGCACCCAUCUUCCUGUGAAGCCACAGCCUGGUGGAAUUGCGUCUAGAGUCAUGGCUCCGAUUAGGAUCCCUUCAGUGCCAGCCUGAGUAUUUAGAAAGUUCUUGCACCUCAAACCACUGGCACCUAUAAAAAGCAGAAAUGUAUUUCUUCCUUUGGUUUGGCUUGUGAGUUCCCCAUGAGGUGGGGAGCGGAAGAUCUGAAAUGGCCUGCUGUUCAGCCCAUGUUCCAGCAGAGAGGGAGAGAAGGUUCUGGAUGACAGACCUUCCCCGCAAAGGGGCCUGCUUCAUCUGCUUUUCUCCCUAACCCUCAACUCUCAGCUUGUGUCUUUUAAGUAAUCCUUCCUCAUUCCACUUUUGUGGCAGGGACUAAUUAGCCACAACUUAGAAUUAAGCCAUGCCUGUAGAGGAGAUAUUCGGAGGUGGAGGUGUGGGGACCCCAAGCCUGGGAAAAUGCUCAUUGUUGGAAUGUUCUGAGACCAGGUCUAGCCUGGUUAUAUUUUUCUGCUUUGUGAUUUAACUUGUGUCUUUUUUUCAUAUUCCUGCCUCAUCGGGAAAUUAUAAGAUUCAGAGGGAAGUCUGAGACAUACUCUUUGCCCUGAAGAAUCCAGAGAUCAGAACUCUGGGUACCCUGCAAAACACCUCCAACCGGCCUGCCUUUGAACCCGGUGUUAACAAUGAGAAACUGUUUAUUUGAAGGCUGGGUUCUCAUUGGCCUACAGGGAUAGAUUGUAAUUGUGUAUCUAAAAAAAAAAAAAAAAAAAAAAGCUUUGCAUCCCCCAAUAGCAUGACAACUGGAAUAGCAAUUUGACUUUAAAAAAAAAAAAGAACAGUGUUUUAAAAGACUCCUUCAGGCGUGCUGACACUUUGUUGAAACCAGGUGUGGGUCUUUCCCCUGCCCUGGAUAAGGAUGGGGGAAUGUCUUAAAAGGUGGGUUUGUUGCCAGAACUUUUCAGUAGCUGCCCCCAGGAGGCAAGUUCUCAGCCCACCUAAACAUGAACAUAAUUUGCUCUGUUUCAGCUUGGCUGAAGAGGAAAUAAAAACAGAACAGGAGGUGGUAGAGGGCAUGGACAUCUCUACUCGCUCCAAAGAUCCUGGCUCUACAGAGAGAACAGCCCAGAAAAGAAAGUUCCCCAGCCCUCCUCAUUCUUCUAAUGGCCACUCGCCGCAGGACACAUCAACAAGCCCCAUUAAAAAGAAAAAGAAACCUGGCUUAUUGAACAAUAACAGCAAGGAACAGUCAGAACUAAGACAUGGUCCGUUUUACUAUAUGAAGCAGCCACUCACCACAGACCCUGUUGAUGUUGUACCGCAGGAUGGACGGAAUGAUUUCUACUGCUGGGUUUGUCACCGGGAAGGCCAAGUCCUUUGCUGUGAGCUCUGUCCCCGGGUUUAUCACGCUAAGUGUCUGAGACUGACAUCGGAACCAGAGGGGGACUGGUUUUGUCCUGAAUGUGAGAAAAUCACGGUCGCAGAAUGCAUCGAGACUCAGAGCAAGGCCAUGACGAUGCUCACCAUCGAGCAGCUGUCCUACCUGCUCAAGUUCGCCAUUCAGAAGAUGAAGCAGCCAGGGACAGACGCAUUCCAGAAGCCCGUUCCACUGGAACAGCAUCCUGACUACGCAGAAUACAUUUUCCAUCCCAUGGACCUUUGUACAUUAGAAAAGAACGCUAAAAAGAAAAUGUAUGGCUGCACGGAAGCCUUCCUGGCUGAUGCCAAGUGGAUUCUGCACAACUGCAUCAUUUAUAAUGGGGGAAAUCACAAAUUGACGCAAAUAGCGAAAGUAGUCAUCAAAAUCUGUGAACAUGAGAUGAACGAAAUUGAAGUAUGUCCGGAAUGUUAUCUAGCGGCUUGCCAAAAACGAGAUAACUGGUUUUGUGAGCCUUGUAGCAAUCCACAUCCUUUGGUCUGGGCAAAACUGAAGGGCUUUCCGUUCUGGCCUGCAAAAGCACUGAGGGACAAGGACGGGCAGGUCGAUGCCCGAUUCUUUGGACAACAUGACAGGGCCUGGGUUCCAAUAAAUAACUGCUACCUCAUGUCUAAAGAAAUCCCCUUUUCCGUGAAGAAGACCAAGAGCAUCUUCAACAGCGCCAUGCAGGAGAUGGAGGUUUAUGUGGAGAACAUCCGCCGGAAGUUUGGCGUUUUCAACUACUCCCCGUUCCGGACGCCCUACACACCCAACAGCCAGUACCAGAUGCUGCUGGACCCCGGCAACCCUGGCGCCGGCACAGCCAAGACAGACAAGCAGGAGAAGGUCAAGCUCAACUUCGACAUGACGGCGUCCCCCAAGAUCCUGAUGAGCAAGCCCAUGCUGAGCGGGGGUGCAGGCCGCAGGAUCUCCCUGUCCGACAUGCCUCGCUCCCCCAUGAGCACAAACUCUUCCGUGCACACGGGCUCCGACGUGGAGCAGGAUGCCGAGAAGAAGACCAUGUCGAGCCACUUCAGCGCCAGCGAGGAGUCCAUGGACUUCCUGGAUAAGAGCACAGCUUCCCCAGCUUCCACCAAGACUGGACAAGCAGGGAGUUUAUCUGGCAGCCCGAAACCUUUCUCUCCUCAACCGUCAACUCCGAUCACGAUGAAGACGGACAAAACAGCCACCACCGGCAGCAUCCUGAACCUCAACCUGGAUCGGAGCAAGGCCGAGAUGGAUCUGAAGGAGCUCAGUGAGUCGGUCCAGCAGCAGUCCACGCCUGUCCCACUCAUCUCGCCCAAGCGCCAGAUCCGCAGCAGAUUCCAGCUCAACCUUGACAAGACCAUCGAGAGCUGCAAAGCACAGCUGGGCAUAAAUGAAAUCUCUGAAGACGUUUACACGGCCGUAGAGCACAGCGACUCGGAGGAUUCUGAGAAGUCCGACAGUAGCGAUAGUGAGUAUCUCAGUGAUGACGAGCAGAAGUCCAAGAAUGAGCCGGAAGACACGGAAGACAAGGAUGGCAGUCGGAUGGACAAGGAACCAUCUGCGGUCAAAAAAAAGCCCAAACCCGCCAACCCGGUAGAGAUCAAAGAAGAGCCAAAGAGCGCAUCACCAGCUAGCGAGAAGGCAGACCCAGGGGCCGCCAAGGACAAGGCCAGCCCGGAGCCUGAGAAGGACUUUGUGGACAAAGCCAAACCUUCGCCUCACCCCACGAAGGAUAAACUGAAGGGAAAGGAUGAGACGGAUUCCCCGACGGUGCAUUUGGGCCUGGACUCUGAUUCAGAGAGUGAACUUGUCAUAGAUUUGGGAGAAGACCAUUCUGGGCGGGAGGGUCGGAAAAAUAAGAAGGAACCCAAAGAACCAUCUCCCAAGCAGGACGUUGUAGGUAAAGCUCCACCGUCCACUACGGCGGGCAGCCAGUCUCCCCCGGAAACGCCGGUGCUCACCCGCUCUUCUGCCCAAACCCCCGCGGCCGGCCUCACGGCCACCAGCAGCACGUCGUCCCCGGUCACGGCCACGGCCCAGGCUGCCACCGCCACCGCCACAGGAAGCCCGGUGAAAAAGCAGAGGCCGCUCUUACCGAAGGAGACUGCCCCGGCAGUGCAGCGGGUCGUGUGGAACUCGCCAAGUAAGUUUCAAACGUCCUCCCAAAAGUGGCACAUGCAGAAGAUGCAGCGUCAGCAGCAGCAGCAAGGCCAGCAGCAGCAGCCUCCGUCUUCCCAGGGGACGCGAUACCAGACCAGGCAGGCUGUGAAAGCUGUCCAGCAGAAGGAGAUCACACAGAGCCCGUCCACAUCCACCAUCACCCUGGUAACCAGCACACAGUCAUCACCGCUGGUCACCAGCUCGGGGUCCACGAGCACCCUCGCGUCUUCGGUCAACGCUGACCUGCCCAUCGCCACGGCCUCUGCCGACGUCGCCGCAGACAUCGCCAAGUACACCAGCAAAAUGAUGGAUGCGAUAAAAGGAACGAUGACAGAAAUAUAUAAUGAUCUUUCUAAAAACACUACUGGAAGCACAAUAGCCGAGAUUCGCAGGCUGCGGAUUGAGAUCGAGAAGCUUCAGUGGCUGCACCAGCAAGAACUUUCCGAAAUGAAACACAACUUGGAGCUGACCAUGGCGGAGAUGAGGCAGAGCCUGGAGCAGGAGCGGGACCGGCUCAUUGCUGAGGUGAAGAAGCAACUAGAGCUGGAGAAGCAGCAGGCGGUGGACGAGACCAAGAAGAAGCAGUGGUGCGCCAACUGCAAGAAGGAGGCCAUCUUCUACUGCUGCUGGAACACCAGCUACUGUGACUACCCGUGCCAGCAGGCCCACUGGCCUGAGCACAUGAAGUCCUGCACCCAGUCAGCCACCGCUCCUCAGCAGGAAGCAGACGCUGAGGUGAACACGGAAACACUAAACAAGUCAUCCCAGGGGAGUUCCUCCAGCACACAGUCAGCGCCUUCUGACACUGCCAGCGCCUCGAAAGAGAAGGAGACGUCGGCUGAGAAAAGCAAGGACAGUGGCUCGACCCUCGACCUUUCUGGCUCCAGAGAGACACCUUCCUCCAUUCUCUUAGGCUCCAACCAAGGCUCUGAUCACUCCCGGAGUGGCAAGUCUGGCUGGAGCGGCGGCGAGGAGAAGCGGGGGUCCACGCGGUCCGAACACAACAGCAGCAGCAAGAGCCUCCUCCCCAAAGAGUCUCGGCUGGACGCCUUCUGGGACUAGGGGUGGCGCGAGACGCCAGCCACCCACCCCACGGGCCGACCCAGGCGCCGGGACAGUGGGGAACCGCAGAGACUGGAGGACGGCUGCCGCCUCCGCCCUUGG